AUUGUGAUAUGUUUUUUUGGCUUAUAGGAUUAUUCAAUUAGCUACUGAUAGUAACAUAGGAAAACAGGGAAAAGAAUGAAAUUUUAAUGUAAUAUUCAUCGUGAAGAUUCAAAACAACACAACAUUAGCUGAAUAUUAUGGAACAAAGGACACAAUAAUGAAUAUAUAACUAAUUUGAUUGCUAGUGUCAAGCAGCUGCUUGGCGAGUUGAAAAAAUAUAAAAAUGCCUGAGACAAAUUGCAAAGAGACGAAUACGAAUGAUAGUAUUGAUCCACAAAAACAUUUUGAUUGUGAUAUUAAAUCUGCAAUAAAGUCCAAACAUAAAAAGCAUAACAAUAUAGAAGUCGGGGAAAGCUCAACCGAAAAAGAAAUGGAUGUAAAUUUGCCUCCUGAGGAGGAAGAAGGAAACGUGGAGUACAAGUUGAAGCUCCUGAAUCCAACUGCUUUUCGAAUAGAACAUCUGAUAACACAAAUGAAAUGGAGGCUGCAGGAAGGACAGGGAGAAGCAAUUUAUAAAAUAGGAGUUGAAGACAAUGGUAUUUGUGCUGGAUUGACUAGUGAUGAAAUGAAACAAACCAGGGAAACGUUGAAUCAAAAUGGCCGUCAAGGUAAAAUUUCAGAAAAAAUGAUGUUGGGUGCCGAUCUUUCAGUGCUUCGUGAGAGAGAAGUUGAUUGCGAAGCUCUCGGAGAGAAGACUAUCGCUGAAGUUCUCGUUAGAAAAGUUCUCGAUCCCCACCAGUUUCUUGACCUUCGUGUCUCUGUGCUUGGAAAUGCAGAUGCUGGAAAAUCUACACUUCUUGGUGUAUUGACUCAAGGUCAACUUGAUAAUGGACGUGGAGAAGCAAGACUGAAUUUAUUUCGACAUCUCCAUGAAAUUCAAACUGGAAGGACAUCUUGCAUUAGCCAUGAGAUCCUUGGCUUUAGCAGCAAAGGAGAGGUUAAUCAUUUCAAUGAAUCUAGAACUGCCGAAGACAUUUGUGAAAAUGCUUCAAAAAUCGUUACCUUCAUUGAUUUAGCUGGACAUCACAAGUACCUUAGAACCACUGUGUUUGGUUUGACAUCUCAUUUUCCAGAUUUUGCCAUGCUGGUCAUCAGUGCAAAUCGAGGAAUAGUUGGAACAACACGAGAACAUUUAGGAUUUGCAUUAGCGCUUGGUGUUCCUACAUUUGCCGUUGUUACAAAAACUGAUCUAUGCCCUCCAUUUGUUGUCGAUCGAGCUUGCAAACAACUAGAAAGAUUACUGACCUCACCGGGAAGCGGAAAAAUACCUUUUCAGGUGAAUACUGAAGAUGAUGCCUACACUGUUGCACAGAAUAUGAUUGGAGACAAAUCCAAAGUUGUUCCAAUAUUUCGAGUUUCAAGUGUAAGUGGAGACGGACUUGAGCUUCUAAAAAGGUUUUUGAAUGUUUUGCCACCACAGAAAAAUGCUAGAGAACAAGCUAAAUUGAUGGAAAAACCUACAGAGUUUCAGGUUGACCAGUUUUUCUCUGUGCCUGAUGUUGGUCCAGUUGUGGCUGGGUCAAUGCUUCGAGGCACCAUAAAGGAGGAUGAAGAACUAUUGAUGGGUCCUACUACAACAGGAAAGUUCAAACCUGUUACGAUAACAUCUAUACGAAGGAAUCGUGCUCCAUGUAGGGUUGCCAAAGCAGGUCAAGGUGCUUCAUUAUCACUCGAUGGCAUGACAAAAGACAGCAUCAGAAAGGGUAUGGUCAUUAUCAGUUCUGAUGUUGAACCUCGUUGUUAUGCUGCGUUUGAUGCCACUGUUUGCCUAUUAUAUCAUCCCAUGUCUCAACUACAGAAGGGUUUUCAAACCACUGUGCAUGUAGGAAGUGUCUGCAGAACUGCCAUCAUCGAAACUAUUCAUAACGAUAAGGAAUCAAUAAGCACCAAUGAACAAGCUACAGUUACCUUCAGAUUCUUUUCUGCACCUGAAUAUCUGAGAAUAGGUUCAACUUUAAUCUUCCGUGAGCAGGCAACAAAAGGUAUUGGCCAAAUUACCAAGCUCCACUCAUAUGAUUCGGAGCAGCCGAAUUUAGCUGUAUUUCGCCGAAAGUCAAUGUCAGUCUCCCCACCUGCGUCACCUCGCCAUCUGUACUCUGGCAUCUCUGGGGCUAUGCUUUUAUCCCCAGGAUGUCAAGCUUCUCUCAUGUAACACCGAGCUUGAUUAAGCAUGGGAGUGUAAUUGAAUUGUUUUAACUACAUCUCUUGCUUAAUCAGGAGUUGUGACGCGAUAAACUUUCAAAAUUGACUGUCAUACUAUUGAAAUUAUCUAUCUUAGCUUAUUUAGAACCUUUUGCUGUGUGAUUUCUAUAGACUUUUAAAUGCUUUUAUUAUUACUAUCAAGAUAUUCUAUAUGAUAAUGUUCGAGUUUGUUUGCAACUUUUAGUGUAUAUUUAUUUAAUGUGGUGUGUUGUAUUAUAAAUAGCGGUAUUCUGUAUAGCUUCUGUUUUGUGGCCUUACUGCACUAAUAAUAUGUACUCAUUGUAAUUAUUUGAAGGUCAAAUUUAUUUUUAUACUCUGAUUUGGUUGAAGUAUAUUUGUUAUAUAUAUACAUGUUGAUUGGCAUUGUACCAAUUGGUUUUAAGAAAUUAGACAUGAAUUAUAUCGAAAUAUGUAGUAUAAAUUCAAACUUGUAGAAUGAUUUUCUCUUGGCCUAAAAUAAACUAUGGUAAGAUUUUUGAGUAAAAAUUAGAGAAAUUUCGAUUUGGAUAGUUGAGUUCAAUUUGUUUUAAAAUCUUAAAAUGGAGCUCAUCUAAAAUAUUGAAUUUGCAUGCAAUAACCAGAUUGUUUAUGGUUUCCAUAUAAAUCAAACAUCUUAUCGCAUGUCUCUGGAUAGAUAUUACAUUUUGUGGUAAAGGAUUAAAUGUAUCUUGAAUGGAAUUUUUUUCAUUUGAGAGCAGCUAAACAUAGAAGGAUAGAUGAAUGUAUGUUGGAUGUGUGACUCUUUUUAUAGUUGUAAAUUUGCUUUCAGCACGCUAGUUUUUUUUUUCACAGCCACACAUGCACUUGCUUUACUGCCGCUUUGUAUAUAAGCAUAUAUUUUUGUGUAUUUUCAUUGUAAAAAUAAUGUAAAAUUAAGGUGUAUUCUUAGUAUGAACGAAGAGUAGGAUUGAUUGAAUUGCGUGAUUGGGAAGCAAAACUUCUUUAUCAUAUUUGAGCAACAUUUUGUGAAUAAAGAUGACCGGAAACAAAGUGGGCCCUUUGGUUUUCCAUUGACCAACCUUUCUUUUACUGAGUAGUGAGUAGUACAGGUUUAUGAAUUUUUGUAAGAUGAGAUGUUGUGAAUAAUUAAUGUACUAGGCCUACCUGACAUUUAGUUGAAUUCGUUUGUUUUUCAUAGAUCAAUUACAAGCAACAGUUGAUUUUUCAUGUGCAUGUUUAUAGUACCACUUGUGAGGUAUUUCAUGACAUUCGUUCUAAAUUUGAUUCAAUUGUAUUUUUCGAAUAAAUUACACUAAAUUCAAGAAAAAA